GUCCCGGGGCUCUUUGGGGGGGUCCCGGGGGUCUCUGGGGGAUCCCCGGGGGUCUCGGGGGGUCCCCGGGGGGUUUUGGGGGGUCCCCGGGGGGUUUUUUGGGGUCUUUGCGGGAGGGGCGAUGGCGGAGCCGCUGCUGCGCCGGACCUGGUCCCGCCUGAGGCGGAGCGGAGCCCGAGCGGCGCGGGAGGCCCCGAGCGGCGGGGGAUCCGUCCAGAGCAGCUCCAGGGAGCCCCAAAAUCGCCACGAGGAGCCCCAAAAUCAUCGCAGGGAGCCCCAAAAUCGCUUCGGGGCACCCCAAAAUCACCAUGAGGAACCCCAAAAUCACCCCAGGGAGCCCCAAAAUCAUCGUGGGGAGCGCCAAGAGCCCCAAAAUCGCUGUGGGGAACCCCAAAAUCCUCGUGAGGAACCCCAAAAUCCCUCUGGAGAGCCCCAAGACCACCACGGGGCACCCCAAAACUGCCGUGAAGAGCCCCAAAAUCACCAUGAGGAGCCCCAAAACCGCCUCAAAGACCCCCAAAACCGCCUCAAAGACCCCCAGGAUCACCAUGAGGAGCCCCAAAAUCGUUUUGGAGACCCCCAAACCCACUCCAAGGAUCCCCAAAAUCGCUCCGGGGAGCCCCAAAAUCGCUCCAAGGAUCCCCAAAAUCGCUCCGGGGAGCCCCAAAAUCGCUCCAAGGAUCCCCAAAAUCGCUCCGGGGAGCCCCAAAAUCGCUCCAAGGAUCCCCAAAAUCGCUCCGGGGAGCCCCAAAAUCGCUCCAAGGAUCCCCAAAAUCGCUCCGGGGAGCCCCAAAAUCGCUCCAAGGAUCCCCAAAAUCGCUCCAAGGAUCCCCAAAAUCGCUCCGGGGAUCCCCAAAAUCAGUGCCCGGACCCCGCCGAGGAAGAAGCAGAGGCCGGGGCCGGCGGGGGCUCCCCAAUUUUGGGGGGUCCCGGGAGACCCCCCGGGCCCGGGGCGUACCUGCAGAGCCUGGAGAGCAGCAGCCGGCGCUGGCUGCUGGCAGCCAAGGGGACAGGGGACACCGCGGCCACCAGGGCCACCAGGGGGGCCACCAGCGGGGACAGCGGUGACAAGGACAGAGGGGACAUUUGGUACAACCCCAUCCCCGAGGAUGAGGACGAUGAAGGCACCGGAGGGGAGGUGACACCGCCCCAGGGGUUGGGGACAGCGGAGGGACGCGCCCCGCAGGAGGAGGAGGAGGAGGAGGAGGAGGAGGAGGAAGGGGACGGGCAGGGACGGGCCGGCG